AUGGUCAAUUCGGUUUUAGACGACAUUUCGCACCGGAGAUAUAAUCCGCUUACCGGCUCACACGUUCUGGUUUCACCUCAUCGGACGAAAAGGCCAUGGCAAGGACAAGAAGAAGCACCUACCAAGUCUUCACUUCCAGCGUAUGAUGAAAACUGUUACCUGUGUCCCGGAAACAAACGAGCACAAGGAGACCAAAAUCCACAGUAUGAUAAGGUCUUUGUUUUUGUCAACGACUAUAGUGCUGUGAAGGAAAGCCAAGCGGACUAUGAGACAGAUGAUAAAUCAUCCCUAUCUGCGCGGUUCCUUCAGGCCCAGCCAGUCAAGGGUAGGUGCUAUGUCUUGACGUUUUCAGCCAAGCACAACCUUACACUUGCGGACCUCUCACCGCAAGAGAUUGUUCCUAUAAUAAAUGUCUGGACCGACAUAUAUGCGCUGCAUCUCUCGCCAGGGUCAACUUUAUACAAAGCAGAUGCAGUAACGAGCAUUUCACCAGACUCUCCGGCGCGGCAAAUAUCAGGCCCAAGAGAACAGUACCGAUAUAUGCAGAUAUUUGAGAAUAAGGGGGCAACAAUGGGAUGUUCCAAUCCCCAUCCACAUGGCCAAAUAUGGACGACGAGUUCUUUGCCUGAAGAACCGUCAAAAGAACUCUCACAGAUGCUGAAGUAUUGUAAAGACCAUGAUGGUAGCCACAUGCUCGAAGACUAUGCCGCCCUCGAAAUGGAAAAGAAAGAGAGGGUAGUAUUUGAAAAUACCAAUUUUCUAGUCCUCUGCCCCUGGUGGGCAAUAUGGCCGUUCGAGACGAUCAUAAUAAGCAAGCGGCAUAAGAGGGCGCUGGUAGAUUUGAACCAAAAAGGGAAAGAAGACUUGGCUGAGGCAAUAGCCGAGUUAACUCGUCGAUAUGAUAACCUCUUCCAAACCAACUUUCCGUACAGCAUGGGUAUACAUCAGGCCCCUCUGGACGGAUCAGUAGAGGAGACCGAUUGCUCAUACCUUCACUUCCAUUUUUACCCACCGCUGCUGAGGAGUGCCACAGUGAAGAAGUUCUUAGUAGGAUAUGAGUUGCUCGCAGAACCUCAGCGUGACAUAACGCCGGAGCAGGCUGCAGCAAGACUAAGGGGCUGUGCGGGAGAGCUGUAUAGGAAACAUCUAUAA